GUUGUUGUUACACAACAGAUGCUUUCUUAACACUCGUCCGUUUAAUCUAAAUUUUUAUUUAUUUCAUAGAAGUUAAAAGACAAAAACCAAUUUGUGUAGAAUAAGGGUGAAAAAAGAAAGGAAGAAAAAAAGAACAUUGUAAAUUUUUUUGAAGUAGCAGUUAAACUGCAUUAAUGACAACAAUGACAACUCUUGAAUCACUGGAGGCGAAGAUGGCAAAUAUAGAGGAGUCGUUAUGCUUCUCUCUAUCACCCCGACGACAUAAAUCGGGAUCAUCAAUCAAAAGUUUAUCGAUUCAUUCACCACAGAAAAUAGACACGAUGAGUCGAUUGUCGAGUGACGAUCAUAAACAUCUUUUACAAAAUUCAAGAACAUCGCUGGAUAAAGACCCGCAACGUAUUUCGGAUACGCAUAAUGAAAAAGACUUGAAAGAAGCACUAACGAAUAACGCCAAAAAAGUUGAUUUAUUGAAGAUCGAUGUGAAAAAUAAGAAGUCGGCAAUAAAAAAUUUAAAAAAUGCUCUUCAUAAGGUAACGCAGUGCAUAAGUGAAGGUACAACAUCGGAUAUAGAUUUAAGGAUACGACAAGCUGAAUUAGAAUAUGCUUUAGGAAGAGAAGAACUUCAAUUACUUACAAUUUUAGAAGAAGUUAAAAAUUUACAAUUAAAAUUAGAAAGUGAAACUUAUAAGGCAGAUAGCAAUUCCCUCUACGCCCUUUUGUCAAAAGGACAUCAAUUUAGUUUACAUGCAAUUCAAGCCUCAACUGGACGAUGGAAUGCAAAUAAAAAAUGUGAUAGUGAUGCAUUUUAUGUCGAUUGGGUGUUGGAUGGAGAAGAGCUCCAACGUGGAGAUAGAAUAAUUGAAAUUAAUGGCAAAAUUCUUACUGGACGUGAGAAGGAUGAGCUGCAAAAGUCAUGUGCAAAUUGUACUAGAUGCGAUAUGGUUGUGAUUCGUAAAAAAGUUAUUUCUGCAAACGUUUUGUCUGCAAAUAUUGCCAACUAUCAACAAUUACAAAAGUCACAAGCUGACAAUCUAAGACUUCAGCAUCGAAUAUCAUAUCUAGAAGAACAAGUUAAAGAAUUGCUUGACACACAAAAAGGAAAAACAUCUUCAACAUCAAAAACAGCUAUUAUACCAAAUGGAAAACAAAGUAGUGGAACUCAUAUUACGAAUAUAAGCAUAUCAUCAUCGCCAUCUGAUGAAGAUCGACCGGUAAUAUAUCAACGUGGCUCAUUCGUGACAACUAUUGUUGAUAAUAGAAAGAACGGUUCGAAUGAGAAUUACGUAUCAAAAUCUAUUCAGAAAUCAUCCUCAACGACAAAUGUUAAUAUGCAUAAAGAAUUGAGUAUAAUGAAUAGUUCAUCAAAAUCUAUUAAAAACUUAUCAGCUUCUCUGUCUCGUAUUUCUGUAAGCACUGAUAUACAUUUACAGAAAUAUCGUAAAGAAAGGGAAAAGAAAGAACGAGACCGGUAUGACCUCAAAUAUAUUAAUAGAGGUGUUCUAAAAAGCGUCAAUAAAUCCACAGUAAAUACGUCGAUGAAUCAGACGGAUAAAUUGUAUGUGAAGCAAAAAAGCUCGACCGCAAGGAGCACGAAAAGUUUAGGUUAUGAUUAUGAUACUGACAAUAAUGUGAAUUAUAAUUAUACGUCCGAGCCGGUAUGUGCAAUUAAGGUACGACCAACACCACCGACAAAACCACAGCGAUUGUCUCUUCAACGGACGAAAAGUUUGCAGGAAGUCAGCGAUAAUAUAUUAACGCCAUUAAGUAUUUCAAUCGAUAAGAAUAAGCGUGCAAUGAAGCGAAUCCAUAAAAACGAAAUACAGCAGCAGCUGUAGGAACUGACUGAAUAAGAGAUAGACAACACGUCAAAUGAUAUAUCAACUGAAAUAAUGAGUUAUAAGCCUGUCUAAUGAUAUUAUUUUUAAACGGAACUUGCCUCGAAUUUUGUGUGUAGUUUUACACUUGUGUACUUAAUAAAUUUAUGAAAAUUUUUACAAAUUUUUAUUUUAAAAUUUAAAUU